CUACAUUCUUUUUCAAGGUCUAACUAAAAUGAUAGUUUAGACAAGAUAUCGUUCCUCUUCGGAGUAACGGUAUUUUAAACAAUGAGCCUCCCCGCGUACACGGCAACCCCAAUCCAACUCCCUCAACUUCCCAAACAACCACCACCACUUCUCCCACUUCCGAACCCUUCCCAGCCCACCUCCCCUAAUCCAAACCACUACCGGAAGCACUCCGUCGCUCUCGAAAGGACCAAAACCCCCAUAGAACCUACUGUUUCAUGGACCUCCUCCAUAUCUCACCGCUGCCGAAAUGGUCAAUUAGCUGAAGCCGUUGCACUCUUCAUCCAGAUGAGACAAGCUGGCAUUGAACCAAACCACGUCACAUUCGUUACGCUUCUCUCCGGCUGUGCUCAUUUUCCGGCCAAGGGUGUAUUUUUUGGGCCUUCGCUUCAUGCUUAUGCCCGGAAACUCGGAUUGGAUAUAACUAAUGUGAUGGUGGGCACGGCGGUGAUUGAUAUGUAUGCCAAGUGUGGCGGUGUGGAUUCUGCUAGGUUGGUUUUUGAUGGGCUGGAUGUGAAGAAUUCAAUGUCUUGGAAUACUAUGAUUGGUGGGUACAUGAAAAAUGGGAAGGUUUGGGACGCGGUUGACCUGUUUGAGAAAAUGCCUAAGAGAGAUGCUAUUUCCUGGACCGUGCUGAUUGGCGGGUUUGUCAAGAAAGGUCAGUUCGAGCAAGCGUUGGAAUGGUUUCGAGAGAUGCAGCUCGCAGGAGUGGAACCAGAUUAUGUGACUAUAAUUGCUGUAAUCGCGGCGUGUGCAGAUUUGGGAACGCUUGGUCUAGGCUUGUGGAUAAAUCGUUUUGUUAUGAAGCAAGACUUUAAAGACAAUGUUAGGAUAAAUAACUCGUUGGUUGAUAUGUAUUCUCGAUGUGGUUGUAUUAGUUUUGCUCAUCAAGUAUUCAAGAGUAUACCCAAAAGGACAUUGGUAUCUUGGAACUCGAUGAUUGUGGGCUUUGCUGUCAAUGGGCAUGCAGAGGAAGCUCUCGACUUCUUCAACCUGAUGCAGAAGGAAGGGUUCAAGCCAGACGGGGUCAGCUUCACUGGAGCACUCACUGCGUGCAGCCAUGCUGGUUUAGUCGAUGAGGGGCUCCGUUACUUUGGUAACAUGAAGAGAGUUCACAGAAUAACACCCAGAAUCGAGCAUUAUGGGUGCAUAGUCGAUCUCUAUAGCCGUGCAGGGAGGUUAGAAGAUGCCUUGAGUGUAAUAGAAAACAUGCCGAUGAAGCCAAAUGAAGUGGUGUUGGGUUCUUUGUUGGCUGCUUGUAGAACCAUUGGGAACAUCAGUUUAGCUGAAAGAUUAAUGAAGUACCUCUAUGAGGUUGAUCCUAGCGUUGAUUCCAACUAUGUGCUCCUAGCCAAUAUAUAUGCAGCUGUUGGACGGUGGGAUGGUGCAAACAAGGUUCGAAAGAAGAUGAAAGACCUCAGAGUGCAUAAGACACCGGGAUUUAGUUCAGUUGAGAUUGACUGUAACAUUCAUGAAUUCGUGGCCAGUGAUAAGUCCCAUGUUGACACAGAGUGUAUUUAUUCAACCCUAGAGCUUCUCUCCUUCGAGCUCAAAUUACGUGGGUAUGUUCCGGAAAACUUUGUGACAGAAUCGUAUGAGUUUGAUUGAUACUGUUGUUAUAGGUUAUUCGAAAAUAGAAUGUACUUUUGCAACUACUUGUGAAGCCCCAAAAUCAGUCUUGUCCAUAUAUAAUUUCGGAAGUGAUUGCGCACACCCUUGUUCUAC